UGAGCGAGCUCUUCCCACCGGUCUCCUGCCUGGAAGUGCUGACAGAUCAAGGCAACAAAUUUCAAUUACAAGCCCUAAUUUGUGUCCGCAGAGCGUUUGUUACCCAUGUCAGUCCUGUUUGGCCCAUCAGACGAGGCAGAGCGUGGAGGAGGAGGAGGAGGAGGAGGAGGAGGAGGGGGAGAAAGAGAGCGCAUCUGCAAAAAGGAAUAGAUUUUUUUUCCUCUUAAAAAAAAAACUUGGCUGAUAACUCGGAUUUAAAAAGAAAGGCGAGGAAAAGCCCCAGCCCCUUGCCGGCGCGGUCGGGAGCACGGGCGGGCGGCCGGCUCGGCGGCCGAGCGCGGGCGGCGGCGGCGGCGCGCCUGGAUGCGCGGGCUGUAGGGGGGCGGGCAUGGCCGAGCGGCGGCGGCCCUCGCCCUGCGCCCCCAUGAGCCUCAAGGCGCACGCCUUCUCCGUGGAGGCGCUCAUCGGCGCCGAGAAGCAGCCGCCGCCGCCGCCGCCGCCGCCGCCGCCGCCGCCGCCGCCGCCGCGGCAGCCCAAGCGGCGGAAGCUGGGCGGCGAGGACGAGGCGGCCGACGACGAGGGCGGCAGCGGCGGCGGCACCAAGGGCUCGUCCGCGGGCGCGGGCGCGGGCGCCGCCGCCGCCAGGACCUGCGGCGACAUGGAGCUGGGCUGCGCCGCCCGCGGAGCCGCCGGCGGCGGCGAGGACGGCUUCGUCGGCGGCUCCCCGGCCGCGUCGCCCGGCGGCUCCCCGAGGGGCUCGCGGGCCGGGUCGCCGCCGCCCGCGCCGCAGGCGCCGCGCGUGGACCUGCAGGGCGCCGAGCUCUGGAAGCGCUUCCACGAGAUCGGCACCGAGAUGAUCAUCACCAAGGCGGGCAGGCGGAUGUUUCCCGCAAUGAGAGUGAAGAUCUCAGGUUUAGACCCACAUCAGCAGUAUUACAUUGCUAUGGAUAUUGUGCCAGUGGAUAACAAAAGAUACAGGUACGUUUACCAUAGCUCCAAGUGGAUGGUGGCUGGAAACGCGGACUCGCCGGUGCCGCCCCGCGUGUACAUUCACCCCGAUUCCCCCGCCUCCGGGGAGACGUGGAUGAGACAAGUGAUCAGCUUCGACAAGCUGAAGCUCACCAACAACGAGCUGGAUGACCAGGGCCACAUUAUCCUGCACUCUAUGCAUAAAUAUCAGCCUCGUGUCCACGUCAUCCGGAAAGACUGUGGAGAUGAUCUGUCCCCCGUCAAGCCUAUACCUUCAGGAGAAGGGGUCAAAGCCUUCUCCUUUCCAGAGACAGUUUUCACUACUGUCACAGCAUACCAAAAUCAACAGAUAACUCGUCUGAAGAUCGAUAGAAAUCCAUUUGCCAAAGGAUUUAGAGAUUCAGGACGUAACAGGAUGGGACUGGAAGCUUUGGUAGAGUCUUACGCCUUCUGGAGACCUUCACUGAGGACACUUACAUUUGAAGAUAUACCUGGGAUACCCAAACAAGCUGUAAAAUGGAAUAGCACUUCCGUGCCUCAGAGGAUGUGGGGACAAUAUGCUAAAGAUGCAAGUAUGUUUAGACGGUGUUCGUAUAUGAAGGUAACAAGGCAUUUAUGUACUUUGGAUCUGUUGCUGGUUUGGUGUUCCAGUUUCCUGUGAGUCAGAUCUCCAAGCAAAGGCUUCCAAUGCUAAAACACUGCUCAGAAACCCAAACUAAUAAUUUGUAAAAUGCUUUUAAAAUGUGCAGAAGAUGGGCAAAUUUUCAACUAUGUAAACUGCAUAGCUGCAUUGAUUUAAUUAACAAGAAGUGUGUAUAGUAAUUUCUGCUCUAGACAAAGCUUUGAAAUGUUGCAGUUGGACAAAGCUUUAAAUGGGGGGAGUGGUACAAUUAAUCUGUACUUGAAAAAGGAUAAGCAAGAUAAUUCUCUAUGUCAUCUUAAGGGGCUGUGGCUGGGUAGAAAUAUGGAAGAGCUAAAUCAUGCAUAUUCCUACAAGGGGAAACGAAAGUUUAUGCAUGGGGCUGCUCCUGGUAAUAGUACAUACUUUGUCAUCUGGGAUUUUUUAAGUACUGGUCUCUUAUUUUUCCUCAAAUUAUUCUUAUCAUAUAACCGCACAGUAUUGUUUGAAACAUUUGUUCCGUAAAAUUUGAAUCAUAUUGUAAAUACUUAUUAGUGUGUCAUUGUGAAAAGACUAGCUUUUUAUCAACAUAGUAAAUGCUAUAUGUGCAUUAUAUCUAUAAUUAUAUAUCUGUAUUUUACAAAAAUGCCACAGAAAAUAUAUUAAAGUGUAUAUCUAAACACUUUUUACUACAUUUGGAAAAUUAAGGGACUUGGGCCUUUUUUUUGUCUACAGCUUCCACAAAAACAAAAGAAAUAACUCCAAAGUGAGCUCUGAAAUUCGAAGAUCUAACAAGCUGCAAGGAUCCAGCUAGUCCACAAUUCUUACACAUUUCCAUUUAAGUAUAUGGUGUUGAAUGUCUCUGUCAUUUAUAUGUGAAGGCCAUGACAGAUGUUGAGCACAGGGAUAUUCUGAGGCUGAUAGCAGGGCUGUGAGCAUUUUAUUUGCGAAGAAGGGAACGAGGAGCUCGCAAGGCCGACCAGCCACUGAUGGAGCCUUGCUGGUGCUUCAUACCCGAGCUCAUCCCAGCUAACAAGACAAGUUCAGCUGCCCAUUAUCAGCCUGAUCUGAGAAAUUAGCACUUACAUAUGAUCAGGUGCUCCAGCAAGAGCUUUGAUACCCUGCAUAUUUUCUCUCUGUGCUCUUACUUCACUCAUUCACUCUCUGGUCUUUUUAUUAUAAAUGCUGAAAUCCAUUGAUUUCCAAGAAGCAAUUUACAGCAUAUAAUCAGCUGGGUAUACUGUGCUUCCAUUCAGCAAUGAGCAACAUUUCUCCCCUCAGAAAUACUGUUAUCCACAGUGGCCUUAUUUCCCAUUGUACUGAAAUAAAUGAUUCCAUGUGACAUUGGGCACAGAGCAUGAAAAUAUGAUUACUUUAGAAUAAUAGUGUUUCGUAGUCACUUAACAUCAGCAUUGUUGCAAAUGACCAGAAUUAGGACAAGAGAAGUGGGCAUGAAAUGUUUGAUCUUAAAUAUCAGGCCAGAUUCUGCUCUAGAGAGAAUGAAAAUUUCUGGGUUUAAUAAAAGAAGAGCUUUUUUUUAUAAUGGGACAAUCAGACUCUUGAGAAGUCAAAUUCCCUGCUUGAACAGACAAACAGGAGCAACUUCAAGAUCACAGACAGUGUUGGCAUCAAUGGUAGCAAAUCUAUACUGUGAGCAGUUCAACAAUGGAAAUUUAAGUCACCAUGGGAAGUACCCCACAGGUUCUGUGGUCAUAUUUUUUGUGUUAAGAUAGUAGACCUAAUUAGUCCAUACAGAAAUGUGUUUCAAAAGGCUGCAGAGUAGCUACUUUUAGAGACUUAUGUACCAGCUUCACAUAUGAAAUUAUUAUUUUGCUGCAUUCCUCUGAAUACUCUCAUGGCUUGGUUGUUUAAGUUUACUCUGGAGUCCAACUUUUAAUAUCAGUAACUAUAAUUUAUCAUAAAGAGGUAAUUGCUGGUGUUUGUAGGCUCUCUACCUCAACUGACCAGAUAUAUUGAUUUGUCAGUUGAGUGCUUUGUUAAUGUGAUCUUCAGACACAACAUUUCUCCCUGUGCUUAACCCAAAGUUAUUGAUAUGUGAAUUUAAUUUAUGCCAAACUACAGUAACACUCAUAUUCUGUUUUAUUUUCCAACAUAUUCUGUGGUUACUCAGCUAAUUCAAAACACUGUCAUGCCAAGAUGACAUGCUCUUUUAACAUGUGGUAUCAUGCUUCAUCAGGAAAUAAAAUCUCUACAGCAUUCAACUUGC